AUGGGCAAUGGGGAAAACACGUUAGGUGAUGGGUCCGAGUUUGCAUGGAAGGGUGGAAGGGCAUUAGGAGUUAUUGAGUUAGGAUCAUACGACAGAGGAGUGAAAUCCAAGAAUGGAUACGUGGUGCUCCCACCACCGCCACCUCGUCCUGUUCUUCCUUCUCCGCCGCCACCUCGUCCUGUUCGUCCUUCUCCGCCGCCACCUCGUCCUAUUCGUCCUUCUCCACCGCCACCACCUCGUCCCGUUCGUCCUCCUCCCCUCCCCCCUGCCCCUCUUCCACCUUCACCCUCUCCAAACAACCCCACAAUCGUAAUAGUCGUGGUUGCCUCAUUGGGUGGCCUCUUGUUGCUCUCAAUGCUCGCUUUUGCUCUAUUCUGCUGCAUUCAGAGGAGGAAGAAGAAGACACAAGAAACCGAAGUCAUUCACUUUGAUGAGCACAAAACGGUAAAGGAAACCAUCGUGCCUGGUCCUUUCGGACGGAACACAGUUGUGGUAACGGUUGAAGAUGAUGUGCAUAUUGACGAAGAAAUCAAGAAGAAGAACGAGAAAGGUGGUCACGGUCUGCAUGCAAAAUCCUCUUCGCCUGAAGCAGAUCAAGGUACUUCUAGCAGCAUUGUUGAAGUUGCAGCUACUCCUCCUCCGCCUGAAAAUCAUGAUGAUCAUCAUCACCAGCCUGAAAACAAGCUCUGA